AUGCUCUGUGCCACAGUUGUUUCUGUGGACAAAUUUUUAUACAAACGGCCCAUGCCAGACUACGAGUUCACUGCGGCUCGUCUCCAGAGGGGUGUCCUGCGGGUGAUCAUUUCAAUAGCCGGGAUUGGUGGAUAUACACUGUGGGUAACAUUAGGCCAGACGUAUUUUGACAUGCUGAUAUUAAGUUACUUUGUGAACCUAGUUAGAAACACUGUCACUUUACAAUUUUAUAACCUAAACAUUGCCCUGAGGAGAAGAUUCCGAAAGCUGAAUCAAUAUUUACUUCAAAUAUUUAGUAUAAAUGCAGAAGACGAAUUUCCUCAGACACUGUCAUUCAGGCUGAAUUGUCCAUCUCGUUACAAUGUAACACAGAAUAGGGAGGAAUGUUUCUUGGCCAGUGACACAGAAUAUUUGAGUGUUAAUAGGCAAAUCAGCAGUAUAGAUGCAGCACAGCACAGUGUUGGGCUGGCAAGGAAUGUAGAAAAUAUUGCGCUUCUAAGAAAACUACGUGAUGCACUCUGCCUUCUGUGUGAUUUAGUCACUGCUGUUAACGUUGCGCAUAGCAAACAGAAUCUCUUAGAAUUAGUCAGCUGGUUUUUUAGCAUUGUGUCUCACCUGUACAUGACUAUCGUUGUCUUCCUUGACUUGAAGCCGCUCUGGCACGACACCUCGAGAGGGUGCACAGUGCUGAUGUGGUCUGGGGUGAACACGUGGCGCAUUGUCAGCGUGACGUGCAGCAGUGAUGCGGUCAUCCAGCAAGCUGAACGCAUGGGGCAGCUGGUGUACAAGCUGCUGCUUCUGCUUCUGCCCCAGGGUGGAGACAGUGGCUGUCGUGAGGAGCUGCAGCUGUUCUCCCAGCAGCUGUCUCAAAGAAAGCUCAACUACAGCGCUGCCAGGUUCGUCUCCCUGAAUACGUCGCUGCUGAAGGAUUUCGUGGGCGCUGUCACCACAUAUGUCAUAAUUUACGUACAGUUCAGUCUCUCAGAUGCGAAUCAGCAGCAGAACAUUACAGGUGAAUGCCAAUAUUGA